AUGACGACGGGGAAUAAGAGGAGGGCUGCAGCAGCAUCUGACGUCGGUGCACCCUUCCUGCCAGAGGAGAUAAUGACAGAGCUAGUUUCGACGCCACCGCGGUGUACAAGCUCAUCGUCAGGCCCCGAUGACGGCCUGCUGUUCACUCUCGACGACGUACGCGGCGGCGACUUCAUCCACGUGACACCGGGGCCGUGCCGCGGCCUCACCCUUCUCCACGAUCCUUUCACGCCGGCUUACUAUGUCUUCAACGCAUCCACAAGGGCAGUUACCCGGUUGCCCCCGUGCCACAAUGCGGUGUAUGUGACCGCUGGACUUGGGUUUGAUGCACGGACAAAGAAGUACAAGGUGGUGAGGUUAUUCCGAGGGGAUUGUGGUGAUAAGCAGCAUAUUAAGUGUGAGAUAUACACGCUGGGCGGUGAUCAUGGGGAUGAUUGGAAGCCGCCUGCUGCAGGUGUACCCUUCAGAUUCUGCAGGGCUGCUCGGGCAACUAUUAGCCAUGCUAGACAUGAUAAACUGCUGCCAGUAUUUGCAAAUGGAUUUCUGCAUUGGCUUCUCAGUCCCUCGUUCGUCGUUAAAAGGCCACGGGCUGCCAUCCUAUCCUUUUCCGUCACAGAUGAGACCUUUGCAUGGGUCCGGUCGCCACCCUUUGAGGUAUCAUCAGGUGUGCACUUGGUGCAGCUUGCUGGCCACUUGUGCAUGGUCCGGGACCUUCGUAAUGUCAGCGGCGUGCUGGAGAUUUGGAAGCUGAAUGACUAUGGCUCUGGUGGUUGGUCAUUGGAACAUGGUAUUGAUCUGUUGCGGCAGCAUGUUGGCAGAGAUGAUUUGAUUCAGCCUCAGAUUAUUAGAGUUCUUGGUUCUGUUGGCAACGGUGGGUUGUCCACGAAGAGGAUAGUCAUUGCUACAUCCAGACGCAAGGUGGUUGUCUAUGAUCCCGUGCCUCAGACCCUAGAAGGAACUGUCACUGCAAUCAGAGAGACCCAUUCAUCUUACCAAACUGAAAAUCUUGCUCUUAUCGGCAUCUCCCUAUUUCAAGAGAGCCUUGCUCCAGUGCAUCAGACAAAUGAAGAGAGGGCCCUUCUUCAGUUUAAACAACCAUAUCACCUACCCGAAGCUGAGUCCGACAAUGCUGGACUAUCCGACCGCUCCUGGAAGCUGAGCAGCACGGGCAGGCGGCGUGGUGCGGGUUCGACAACGGCCGAGCGGCCGUCGCGGCCUUUCGGGGCGCUGCACCGUGGGUUCGCCGCCGGAGCGUUAGGGCGAGCGACCGUGGAUCGUCGGAGCGGCUUCCGGCGCGGCGAACAGCAGCUGGCAUCGACGGUGGGCGAGUGGGCAUAG